AUGGAGAUAUGGUACACCUCUAAUAUUGUUCCCAAGAUGCUGGAAGUCUUCUUAGACAAAAAUGGAUCUAUCACAUAUGCUGGUUGUAUUACCCACCUCUACAUCUUUAUUACUCUAGGUACAGCAGAAUGUUUCAUUCUCGCAGUCAUGGCAUAUGAUCACUACUUAGCCAUAUGCAAUCCUCUGCACUAUCCAACUCUCAUGAAUAACAAGGUUUGCCGUCAAUUGGCUGUGUGUUCUUGGGUUGCUGCUGUCAUUAUCAACAUUCCAGCACCUGUCUCAAUUUGUAGGCUGCCAUUUUGUGGGCCCAAUGAGAUCAACCACUUCUUUUGCGAUGUACCCCCUUUACUGCAACUUUCUUGCUUAAACCCACAUGAAGCCAAACUGUCCAUUUUCAUGGUAGCCACCAGUGUCAUUGUUACUUCUUUCUUCCUCAUUUUGGUGUCUUAUAUCUUCAUCAUAAUUACUGUUUUGAAAAUUCCCUCCGCUUCUUGGCUCCAAAAAGCUUUCUCAACUUGUGGGUCUCAUUUGGCUGUGGUGACUAUUUUCUAUGGCACCCUGAAGUUCAUGUAUGUGCGUCCAACAUCCGACUUUUCAGUGGAUUCUGUGAACUUCAACAAAGUCAUAUCCAUGUUCUACACUGUGAUCACCCCCAUGCUAAACCCAAUCAUUUACUGCUCGAGAAACAAGGAGGUCAAAGAUGCCCUGCAGAAAGCAAUUGGGAUGAAGUGUAUGCUUGCAGAGCAAUCAAGUAGUAUAAAAAUGGGAACUGAACUAGAGAUGCAGAUUAAAUUUGCAUGUAUGGAACAGAGUUAA